AUUUCAUGACGUUGUCUCUGUUUUUAGGACUCUGACCAUUGAUGACCAGAUUGCUCUCCUGAAGGGUAGUUCUCUCGAGAUUUGUGUCAUCCGAUUUAACACCGUAUUUAACACAAAGUUGUGUAUUUGGGAGUGCGGGAAGAUUACGUACAACCUCCGGGACAUGGCGCUGGCUGGAUUCCGCCAAUUCUUCCUGGAGCCGCUGCUUAGAUUUCACUCUAUGCUGAAGAAGCUCAAUCUGCAGAUGGAGGAAUAUGCGCUGAUGCAGGCCAUCUGUCUGUUCUCCUCCGAUCGCCCCGGCGUCACCGACCAUGAGACCAUUGAUAGGAUCCAGGAGCAGUUGGCACUGACGCUGAUGUCCUACAUAGAAGCCGAGCAGCGAUCUCUGGAGUGCAGGUUCCUGUUUGCGAAGAUCAUGGAGUGCCUGACGGAACUGCGCACGGUGAACGACGAGCACAGCAAGCAGGUCCUGCAGAUUUGGGAUAUCCAGCCAGGUUACACGCCUCUCCUGCUGGAGGUCUUCAGCAAAUUGCCCGAGUGA